UUUUGCGUAUUUACUAUAUUUUCUGUAUAUUAGAUGAUACUUAGGGUAAUAUUAAAUCAUAAUAUGAGGAUUUCUUAUGCUGCACUGAUGGUUUGCUUUAUUACUAUUGCGGCUGCUGGUUCUAUUCAGAGGAAUCUAGAAAUGGAUCGAGAUAAAGUUGAGAAAGAGGUUGAUGAAGAGCUGAGACCUGACGUUGGUCUGGAUUACGAACCUGACAAAGAUGGCAUUCAGCUGGAUGUACCUGAUGGGGUGGCUGCCUUGGAAUCGAACAAAGAAAAUCAUCCUGAGCAAGAUGCACAUUUAGAUGUUCCUGAGAAUAUUGUGCCUUUGGAUAACAUCAGAGACUCAGAAGCUGGAGACGACAAACUCCAUUUUGAUGAGGAUGUUGUGCAUUUGGAUGAGAAGAUUGAAUCUCCUGACGAAAUUAACAUGCAUCACACUCUAGAGGUCAUGUUUGAUGAAUCCCUGGAUCGUGAGGUUGCCCCUCCUGAUCACAUAGCUGCGGUAAAAAUGGAGCGAGAUGGCGAUCAAAACUCGAACUAUCACAAAGAAGUUUUUCUUGGGAAAGAAAUGGAAAAGUUUAAAAAUGGAGAUUAUGAAGGUUACCAGCAAAAGGAGAAAUUGAAGGAUAUUUUCACUGCAGUUGAUCUGAACACUGAUGGAUUUCUUGAUGAAGCCGAACUAACUGAUUGGGUUUUGACAAAAACGCGAGAACAUUUCUAUGAAGCUCGAAUGAACAAUGAAAAAACUUUCCGCUUGAUUGAUCUGGACGGAGAUGAGAAAGUUACUUGGAACGAGUUCAUUUCACAGUUUUUGUCGGAGAAAGGAAUGAACAAACGUGAUGUCUACACUCAGUUGGAUUCUGGUGAAUCAGUCAAAGUACCAGAGGAUCUCGAGAAUAAAAUUCAGGAACUUCGGGAAAAAUGGAUCCAGGUACAGGAAGUCGGCAAGAAGUUCUUGACCGUCUCAGAAUUCUUUGAUUUCCAACACCCAGAGACAAGUAAGGACAGUUUGAAGUUGUUAGUGGAAGAUAUAUUGCAUGAUAUGGACACAGACAACUCCAAUGAUAUCACUGUGCAAGAAUAUGUGGCGAUGGCUCCUAACGCAGAUGUGGAUAUUGUCCAAGAUAUCUGGGUGGCUUCAAGGAGGGAGGAGUUUCGCAAAAUCAUUGAUAUAAACAAGGAUGGAAAGGUUGGAGUCGAGGAGCUGGAGGCCUACUUGGAUCCGUUGAGUCGAACGAUGGCUGGACAAGAAGCUCGACAACUUAUCGGGUUUGGUGACACAAAUGAAGACGGAAAACUAACUUUGAGGGAAAUUCUUGAAAACAGCGAGUUUUAUACGGGAAGCAAGUUAUAUAAUUAUGCACAAAGCAUUCAUGAAGAAUUCUAACCGGUACAUAUUUUGCAAUGGUGGUGGGGCACACAACCACAUGUAUUGAUGAAAAUCUAAAAGCACUUUUCUGAUAAAUUGGCUGCUAAACAUCUGUAAUAUUCUCAAUUAGUUGACUGAAGCAGAUAUGCAAGAUGUUUUUUUGCAAUGAGAUUGUUUAGUGUGUCAGGGCACAUGACAUACCUUCACAUGUGUUUUGUUUCGCAUUCACUUUCCACAUAAACACAGGUGGUCGGGGUCUGGAUUAAACUACCACUGGCUGUUUGCCAACUAGUUUGUCUGAACAAUUGAACAUUGUAUUACAUUGUGUAAUGGUUUGUCCUACAAUAUACAACUUCCAAUUUAUCCCAGGCUUAUACUUCUGAUAAGUGGACAUGUUUCUGUCUUCUGUGUUAAAUUGAUCUGCCGACUUUAGCAGUAAUUAAGCCACUGCACUCCUCUCAAAUUGAAAAUGUGUUCCAAUCACUAUUUUAAUUUUCGUUAAAUUCUUUGAAGGUGUUUUGCGCAUUUCAAAUCUUGUGGGUUGUGGAAUGUAUGGCUUUGGUUACCCUUCAAUAAGUUUUCAAUAGCAUUUUUAGCUAUUUUAUGGUGAGCAAGGUUUAGAAUAUGAUAAACCUAUCAAAACGUAUAGGGUUUUGGUUGUUAUUAUGAUUCGAGUCCAACUAUAAAAUACCGACAAUCUUGCUAUCAAAUAUGACAGCCCAAGGGACCAUAUUCUUCCUUGCUGCUAACUUCCUUCAUAUAUGAGCCAGAUAGCCCUCUACAAAACGAAACAAACAAAUGGCAGUUGGGGCUUUGUAUCCAUCCCUAUUCGUAACCCACUGUCUGGCAGCUUAAUAGCAAUCAAUGAUGAAGACCAUUCAAACGGUCCUGAACAAAUACUAUGUGCAAUUGUACGACAUGCAGUGAAUAUAUAUUUUAUGUUUGAAAGUUGAAUUACAUUUUGUUCAUAAAUUUCA